AUGGCCUACCAAUCCAAACCUACUUUCAAUGGGGUGUAUCGCAUCAAAGUUCUCAAUCAGGAUCUUGUCAUCGAAAGCGCUCCUGGUUAUAACCCAGGGUUGAAGCUUGCUUCACCUUCUUUAACUAGCAACAAACAAAAAUUCAUGCAGUGGACCCUUACCCAAGUGUUGGGGCAAAGCAAUGUCUGGAUGAUGGUCAGCAUCGAGGAUGGGUAUGGUGUGACCUACAAGAAGACUGCAGACACCUAUUGGGGUUACGGAUACCCUUAUCCUCAGAAUGGUUCCUCCUUGAACUGGUCUAUAUUGGAAUGA